ACAUCAGCUGUUUGGUGAGGGAAUAUCAGGCAAGCUCUUAGUGUGAACACUGAUUUCGACGAUGUCCAUCUUUUCCUUCCUGCUCGCUUUAAUGCUGUUCUCUGAGAUGAACAGCCACUUGGUCACAGUAGCUAUUCCUUCAACUACAGUAGAAGAUGGCGCUGCAGAACAAGAAGGUUUGGACUCAUUUCUGGGUGAUGACGACAUGACUGAACACGCUAUGGUUCCUCUGAUGUACAGACGGAGCCUCACAUAUGACGGGACAUCCAAAAUCAUCGUCAUACCGGACAUGAACCUGGAGGGGCAACGUAUUCGUGGGCUGAACCGGCGUCAUCCUCUGGUGGAAGAACGAAGUUUGGACCGUACACCUGAUGAGUUCACUUUGAAACUAAAUAAACGAGAAAAAGACCUUGACAUACUACGAUGUAUGAUUGGAAGAGUUUACCGACCUUGUUGGGUUUGAGUGUUUCUCAAAUAUACUACAAAAAGUACACCAUAACAUGUAAAACAUCAACAGAACAGUUUAUUAAAUGGAAGCAUGUAUUGGAAUUGUAUGUAGUAAAAGUUCAAACUUCAUAUGUAGUAAUUAAAUGCAUUUCUGUUGACAUGUAUGCAGAUAAUUUAGAAAUAAAGUGCAAUGAUCAAAUA